GAGGAAAUGAAAGAUUUGGGCGAUAUGUUCAAACAGUAGGCUAACGUAUGUUUAAAAAUAAAAUAAAAUAAUUUCACAAUAUUUUUGUUUUCCAGGAAAUAUAAGUUGUUUAAACGACCAGAAAACUGUCUGUGAAUGAAAAAUCGAAAAACUCUACUGACAUGAACUAAGCGGUUAAAAUGAGAUUCUGCCAUAAUCUUUAUUGCGCAAUGACCCAACACAGAGUGCUCGAGUCACACCGGGAAGCGUAGCAUAACUGUACAUGACCGACCGGGUAUUUUGGGGGGAAAUUGUUGGGACUUACUGCACACAACCAUGGCUGUUUCGGUCCUGCGCGCCUGGGGACAUGGUCGCGGGGCGUUUGAUGUCGCACAGCUGCACGUGAGGAACUACUCUGGUUCCUCCGGUGGACACUACAAGGUCCUAGUCCUCGGGGGUGGAAGCGGGGGCAUCACGAUGAGCGCGCGCAUGAAGAGGAAGGUUGGCGCAGAGAACGUGGCUGUCGUGGAGCCCAGCGAGAGCCACUAUUACCAGCCUAUUUGGACUUUGGUUGGUGCUGGUGCAAAGACAGUCAAGUCUUCCAGGCGACCCACUGCCAGUGUCGUACCAUCUGGGGUGAAAUGGAUCAAAUCCAGUGUCCAGGAGGUCAAUCCAGACAAGAACACUGUUCGCACGGCUGAUGGGCAGGAGAUCUCUUACCAAUUUCUGAUUGUGGCCCUGGGUCUACAACUUCACUAUGAAAAGAUCAAAGGGUUCCCAGAGGCUUUUGAACACCCCAAAAUAGGUUCAAACUACUCUGUAGAGACAGUGGAGAAGACUUGGAAAGCCCUGCAGGACUUCAAGGAGGGAAAUGCCAUUUUCACCUUCCCCAACACCCCUGUGAAGUGUGCAGGUGCACCUCAAAAGAUCAUGUACCUCUCUGAUGCCUACUUUCGAAAGACAGGAAAGAGGCCCAGAGCCAACAUCCUAUACAACACUUCCCUGCCAGUGAUAUUUGGGGUUAAGAAGUACGCUGACGCACUGUGGAAGCUGGUGAAGAGCAGGGACCUGAACGUCAACCUCAGGCACAACCUGAUCGAAGUCCGUCCCGAAAAGCGGGAGGCGGUGUUUGAGAAGCUCGACAGCCCGGGGGAAACGGUGGCGUAUGAGUAUGAAAUGCUUCACGUCACCCCGCCCAUGGCCCCCCCCGAGGUUCUGAAGGGGAGUCUGGUGUCUGAUGCGGACGGGUGGGUGGACAUCGACAAGAACACGCUGCAGCACAAGACGUACCCUAACGUUUUCGGUAUCGGGGACUGCACCAAUCUGCCGACGUCCAAGACAGCUGCUGCAGUGGCUGCACAGUCAGCGAUACUGGACAGAACCAUCUCAAAGGUGAUGAAAAAAGAAAAGCCGGAUAAAAAGUACGAUGGCUACACCUCCUGCCCAUUGGUUACCAGCUACAAGACCGUGAUCCUGGCAGAGUUUGAUUACAAUGGAGAGCCACUGGAGACCUUCCCUGUCGACCAGAGCAAAGAGAGCAGGAUCAUGUACCACAUGAAAGCUGACCUGAUGCCACACCUGUACUGGCACGGCCUGCUAAGGGGAUUGUGGGGAGGACCGGGGCCGUAUAGGAAGAUCAUGCACCUGGGAAUGAAGUAGCACUCAGCUGCAGGAGGAACCUCUCCCUCCUUCGGCUCCUGUGUAGUCCUCUCCCGAACACCAUGUACACUUCCACCUCCCCAAAGCAUAUCCAUCCCUGGCCCAGUGUGCUUGUUCCUAAAAUUUGCUGCCUUGGUGGUCACUUUUCCUUUUCCCUUUUUUCUCCAGUGACUCAUACAGGCUGCUUGUUUCAAGAUGAGUCCUGGAGUUGCAUAAUCAUUCUCUGCCUUCAAAAUAGUUCACUCUCCAGCAAAGGUCAAGUACCCAGUCCACCCCAAAAUCCAAACGUACACAUCUGCCACAAUUUCCCCCUUAGCCAUAAAGUUCUGUGGGAUGAUUGCGUGGCCUUUAAAAGUCAGGGUUAAGAUUUAUCCUUCUUAAUUUGAUUAUCAGUCCAUGCUAAUAAAAUGAAAAGGGAUUGUGAAAAUUGCACAAAAAAGCUAUUUUUAUAGACUUUAGCAAAGUUGUUGACUAAAAGCACAUAACCAAUUACUUACAGAAAAAUGAGACCAAAAAUGUCUAAAUGUAAGAAGGCCAAUGCAUUCUAUCUCAAGCGGUGGUUCACUGUAACGAACACCGUGAUGCUCAACUGCCAUGUAUUGCCGAGGUGGGGGCUACACUGUUGAGUGCUAUUAAAUCCAUGGAAAUUGCUUAUUAGCUACAUGUGCUGUAAGCCAACCAGCAUUUCAAAAAUGAGCGAAUGUUCAUGGUGGGGCUGGAGAAAGGAGCUGCGGGCGAUAUGGUGCUGCAGGAGGGAGAAAGUGCUUUUCAUUUACGAUCGUUUUCAUGCAAUUUUUGUUAAUAUUGAUUGGAGCACUACGUUUGGUACCGUUAACAUGAACAGAAAAAUAUUCUGCCUUUGCGCCAUGCAUGUUGUGUAGUUUUAACCAAUGAUUACAGGCAGUCUUGCUACUGCAUUUAUUUUUGAUUUGAAAAAUAUACAUUUUAUUCCUUCCCCUCCACGUUGUUGUAUGUUGUGUACUUUGAGUGUUUCAAAUACAACUGUAUUACUCCUCAGAGACAAAGAUCUAUUGUAUAGCCCUGGCUUAUACACAGAAUGAGGUGAACCACUGUAGCUAAACAUAGGUUAGGUACAAAGUACAUAGAGUCCAAAAACUCUGCAGUUAUCUUCAUCUUUAGUUGGAACCACUAAUGUACAUCUGCAGACUGUUCCAAAGUCACGAGCUGGAGGUCUUGUGAUUACAUGUGAGCACACACAACGCGUGCCCGUUAUCUCACUGUGCCAACCGUUGCCUGGGAGACCGAUAAACUCCAAAGCUUCCAUCUAGCCCCAAGGCUGAAGCUACCUCUGAAACAGACCUAGGUCAAAUACAUAAUUUAAGUACUUAAUUACUUUUGAAUACUUUAGAAAUUAUUUGAAAUUCAGCCAUUACAAAUACGGAGUAUAUAAAUUACAAAAUGUAUUUAAAAAUACAUUUAAGGAGCAUUUGCAUGUAUUUGCAAUUACUUUCAAAUAUGUCUUAAAAAAACAUUUAAAAUACAGAAUUUUCUAAUAAAAAGCGUUUGAUUUAAUGAAAUUUUAAAAUUUAAAAUACUUUCACAACAUAAGGCCAGUGGUGCAACAUGUGCAAUUUCACCAAGGUGUUGAAAAACUGAAAAGAACUGGACAUGUGAGAACCUAUCAGCUCUGAAAGUUGAGCAUUUUGUCUAAUUAGAGGACGGUAUUUUGAUGAGAACGCGUCAAGUGGCUGACAGACCCAGUUCAAUUUUACCGAUUUCCAUUGUUAAUUGGUAGUGAGUAUGCACAGAAAAAUUCUUUUAUCAGUGUCUAACCUUAAACAAUGUAAAAGAUGGAACGUACAUAUGGCUGUUGAACACUUUGACAACAGAAAAAGAGGAAAUACAGGAAAAGGCUACUAACUUACUGACCUCACAUCAAGGGCCACUCAAACUCUGGGAUACCCCCUUCAGUAUGAAGCCUAUAUUGUUUUAAUUUCUGUUGUCUCACAGAAAUAUUUCAAAAUAUUAAUAUUGUAUUUUAAUGUAAGGCUCUAAAUACUAUUUGAAAAGGUAUUUGGGUUUCUCAGGAAAGUAUUUAAAGGAAUGUAUUUUUUUAAUACUAUUUGGGAAAGUAUUUGGUUUUCCAUGAAAAUAAUUUCAGUAUUUCACAUGUAUUUGAAAAUACAAAUGUAUUCGACCCAGGUCUGCUCUGAAAUUCUGCUGAAUCGAGAUAUGAACUGUGAAAGGAAAGGUUUUCCUUUUUUUCCUUUUCCCGUUUCCUGUCCGAACUGCGACCAGUCACUAGGUGGGAGUUUAUUUACACACCCUGAACGCACAAUAAAAGGAAA